ACGAGCGCAGCUGCUAUGGCUGCCACAACGUCUGCUGCAUAUCCGCCCCCGCCUCCCUAUUACAAGCUCUACAAGGAUCAAACCUCCGCGCCAUCGCCGCCUUCGCCGCUCCAGGGGACCUACAGCGUCUUUGGCAACACCUACACAACUGACGAUGCGCUACCCAGCUUGGAGGAAGUGGGGCUUCGGCAACUGUACCCCAAAGGACCCAACAUUGACUACAAGAAGGAGCUCAAGGCUUUGAACCGGGAGCUUGUGCUCCAGAUGAUGGAGCUCGCCGAUGUUUUGGUGGAGAGGCCUUCGCAGUAUGCUCGGAGAGUGGAAGACAUGGGGCUCAUUCUCAGAAACAUGCAUCACUUGCUGAAUUCACUCAGGCCACACCAGGCCAGAGCGACACUUAUUCGCAUUCUGGAGACACAAGUGCAAAGACGAAAGCAAGCCGUGGAAGAAGUUCGCAAGAGAAGGAACGAGGCAAGAUUACUCCUCCAGGAAUCGACAGCCACACUAGAAAACCAACUUAGCUAGCAAAGAAUGCUGUGAGCUUUCUUCUCUUGUCGUUUAUGUUACAAGUUUUGGUUACUUACAGUUCUUGAUUACACAUUUAGAAUAUGUCAAUAUAUUUUGAGAAUAUCCACUACA